UAGGUUUUCCAUGGAUUGUUUUGGUGCAAAUGCAUCUAGCGUUGAAGUAGUUAAUAUGUUUUUGGUUUGCAGGUGAAGCUCUACUGCCAUCCAACUGGACUGAGUUCUGCAAAAAUGAGAGAGUGCAUUUCCGUUCAUGUUGGCCAAGCUGGUGUACAGAUUGGUAAUGCUUGCUGGGAAUUGUAUUGCUUAGAACACGGAAUCCGUCCAGAUGGAAUAAUUGCAGACAGUUCGGCUCCUGCCGAUUCCUCCUUCGGCACCUUUUUCAAUGAAACUGGGUCGGGGAAAUAUGUUCCCAGGUCCAUUUUUGUGGAUUUGGAGCCAUCGGUCAUAGAUGAAAUCCGUAAUGGCUCCUACCGCCAGCUGUACCAUCCAGAGCAGCUGAUCAGUGGUAAAGAGGAUGCGGCCAACAACUAUGCUCGAGGCCACUACACUGUUGGAAAGGAAAUCGUGGAUCCUGUCCUGGAUCGAAUUCGAAAAAUGACGGACCAGUGCACAGGACUUCAGGGGUUUCUCCUCUUCCACAGCUUUGGCGGUGGGACCGGCUCUGGCUUCACAUCUCUGUUGAUGGAGCGUCUGUCUGUGGACUACGGCAAGAAGUCGAAGCUGGAGUUCUCUGUGUACCCUGCUCCUCAGGUGUCCACGGCUGUAGUGGAGCCCUACAACUCCAUCCUGACCACCCACACUACUCUGGAGCAUGCAGACUGCUCCUUCAUGGUGGACAAUGAAGCCAUUUUUGAUAUCUGCAACCGCAACCUUGAUGUCGAGCGACCCUCCUACACCAAUCUGAAUCGCCUCAUCGCCCAGAUUGUUUCUUCCAUCACUGCCUCUCUGCGCUUUGAUGGGGCCCUGAAUGUGGACCUUACGGAGUUCCAGACCAACCUUGUACCCUACCCACGUAUCCAUUUCCCCCUGGUGACCUAUUCCCCAAUUAUCUCUGCAGAGAGGGCUUACCAUGAGCAACUGUCCGUUGCAGAGAUCACCAAUGCAUGCUUUGAAGCCAACAACCAAAUGGUGAAGUGUGACCCAAGACGUGGGAAGUACAUGGCCUGCUGUGUGCUCUACCGUGGUGAUGUGGUGCCCAAAGAUGUCAAUGCCGCGAUUGCCUCCAUCAAAGCUCGCAGAAGUAUCCAGUUUGUGGACUGGUGCCCCACGGGCUUCAAGGUGGGCAUCAACUACCAACCCCCCACCGUGGUGCCAGGAGGUGAUCUGGCCAAGGUGCAGAGGGCCGUGUGCAUGCUCAGUAACACUACAGCCAUCGCAGAGGCCUGGGCUCGCCUGAACCACAAGUUUGACCUGAUGUAUGCCAAGAGGGCCUUUGUGCACUGGUAUGUUGGGGAAGGCAUGGAGGAGGGGGAGUUCAGUGAGGCGAGAGAAGACCUGGCUGCCUUGGAAAAGGAUUACGAGGAAGUUGGGGCAGACACUGCGGAUGAUGAUGAGGAGGAGGAAGAUGAAUAUUAAGUCUUAUGUCUUCUAAUAAAAUAUGGUUUUGCCCUCAA